UGUAUAAACAGCAGAAGACAGCUGCGCGUGUGUGUGUGUGUGAAGCACAGUUGUGCGUGAAAGACGUCGUGAUGUUGUCAGGAUACCAGUAUCAUGUUUCCUGUUUAUUGUUAAUUACAGUUUGGAGCCACCUCUACUUAUCGGCGCAAGCACAUGUGCAGCACGUCACCUGCGGAUCGGUGCUGAAGCUGCAAAAUGGACAGCACGAUAUUCGACUUCAUUCCCACGACAUCAAGUACGGCUCUGGUAGCGGUCAGCAGUCUGUUACAGGCACAGACCAAAUGGACGAUAACAACAGCCAUUGGGUGGUGAAAGGCAAAAAAGAGCAAACCUGCACAAGGGGGGAGCCUAUCGGGUGCGGAACAAUGCUCCGUCUGGAGCAUUUGACGACUCACAAGAAUCUGCACAGCCAUCACUUUUCAUCUCCUCUGUCGGGGAACCAAGAAGUGAGCGCCUUUGGAGACAACGGCCAAGGUGAUACAGGUGACAACUGGAUCGUGGUGUGCAGUUCGGAUUACUGGGAACGUGGCGCCCCCGUACGAUUCAAGCACGUGGACACAGACAUGUGGCUGUGCACAUCCGGCAACACUUAUGGGCGACCCAUCGGUGGACAGAUGGAGAUUUGUGCAACGAGCUACCCGGACGCCGGAUGUUAUUGGAAGACUGCCGAGGGUGUAUUUGUGAAGCCCUCUGAAGGCCUCUACAGGGCAGCCAUUCAUCACCAAGCACACAGUGAACUUUAGGGCGGCUCCUUCUUGUACAUAGGGUUCCUUUUACAAUACACACUUUGUUUUCA